AUGAAGAAUGUUAAUUUUGUAAUAUUUCUGUUCGCAACUCUUUGCAUAAUAUUACCAACUUCUAUUAUAGCUGUGCUUCCUGGAACUUGGCCAGCAUUAAAUGUUCCUCCACCAGCAAAUGCAAAUUAUACAAAACUUGUAGAUACAUCUAAACUUAGGAACGCUCCAGUUAAUAAAGUAAAUGCUACUUGUGCGGCUACUGAUACCUACUGUUAUUGGACUUGCGCCCUUUGUACUCGAAACGAUACUGAUGUUGUUCGUUGUCCUAACAAGUUAGAUUGGGGUCUUACUUUAGAUGAUGGUCCAACUUCGUUUACAACUUCAGUCUUGGACUAUUUAGACACUCAAAAUAUCAAAGUCACUUUUUUUGUGAUUGGAUCUAAUGUUUACCAAAACCCUGAAAUCUUACAAAGGGCCUAUAAAGCUGGUCAUCAAAUCGGUGUACAUACUUGGUCACAUACUUCUCUAACUACCCAAACCACCGAAACAGUCAUUGCCGAACUUAUGUAUACUGCUGACGCUAUAAAAGCUGCUCUUAAUGUUACUCCUAAAUAUAUGCGUCCUCCAUUUGGAGAUUACGAUGAUCGAAUUCGUGAUAUUUCGACUCAACUUGGUAUGAAACCGACAAUUUGGGAUUUAGACACUAACGAUUGGUUGUCGGCCGAUGAUCCGACUUUCCAGAUUUCCUGGGUCGUUGCUAACUUUACUCAAUGGGUAUCCGACCCAACUCUUGCCACUACUGGACAUAUCUCUCUCGAACACGAUUUAUAUAAUCAAACUGCUGCUCAAAUUCCUUUGGUCGUGCCAAUUCUUAAGAAAGCUAAUUAUACUAUAAAGCCUGUUCAUGAAUGUACUCCAACUCAUGCUGAUAUCGUAACUAGUCCAACACAAACGCCAAAAACGUCCGAUGCCACAAACAUAUUCAAGAACGAUCUUUUAUCUUCGUGUUUGGUCGUUAUUUUAUUAUUCGGAUUCUUAUUCUAUUAA